AUGCACAAAUCCACCUUGGUGCUAUUACUACAAUUAACUAUUCAGACGCUGUGCGUGUAUGGCGACGGAGUGGGACUGGCGCCCAUUGAGCUGGCUCCUAUUCCCUGCAACGACAAGGCCGUGGAGAAGCUGUCUCGUUUGGCUGUCACCUACAUCAACGAGGAUAGGGACGACGGUUAUAAAUUCGCCCUCAACCGCGUUGCAAAUGUCCACCUGCACGCCCAGGGCCCUGCAGGCAAUGUUUAUUACCUGGACCUAGAUGUGCUGGAAACUAAGUGUCAUAUAGGCAGCCCCAAACCAUGGAAACGCUGUGACAUCAGACCGUUCAUGGAAACACAAAUCUCUGGCAACUGCAAUACCACCAUCUUCCACACAACAGAGGGCUACUCUUACCUGUACAGCUACGACUGCACGCUGGUCCCAGACCGCCCAGAGAAGCUGCAGCAGACCUGCCCGACAUGCCCCCUCCUGCUGCCCACAGACAACUCAGAGGCUCAGGAUGCUGCUCGAAUCAGCCUCGCUGCCUAUAAGAGACAGUCCACGCUAGGGGCAAGCCUUGGGGUGAAGAAAGUCCUCCGAGCCUCAAAACAGGUUGCACCGGUGAAGGCCAGCUUUGUGGAGUACACAGUCCAGCAGUGUCCAGAGGGGCUCAUGCACAGAGGAAGGUGCCAGCGGCUGACACCCCACUCUGACACAGAGACUGCAGGUUUCUGUACAGGAGCAGUGUAUGGGGACAUGAAUGCCCAUCCUGACGCUCAGACGUCCUGUGAGAUGUACAAAUUGCAGAAUGUCGACAUCCUAAGACCGGUAGAGGCCCAGGGUCAUGACCUCCCUAUCAACCCCAUACACCCUACACCACCAUCUCCCAUCCCUGAUCCCGAUCCUCAGCCAGUCCCGUCUGAAUCGACACUACCCCCUACUGUGCAGCCGCCCUCAUCCUUUGACCCCACACCAUUUGAUGCUCUGCCCUUUGACCCCUCUGUCCUGGACGACCCGUUUAACCCGCUGACAUCAUCUUCUAGUGAGUCUGCUGAAGGUUCAGGCCAAACUAACCAGCCACGACAACCGGUGUCCGAUUCAUCCUCCGAGGAGAUAGGGGGCCCUGUGGCGCUGCGUCCGCCCGUUAACUUCCGCUACCGGAUGAGCUUCCGUAAGAAGAGGCAGGUUUUAACAGAGGUAGCGGCCCCCCACACCCCAAUCUUCCUGUCCGAUUUCCCGAGCGGCACCUCCCCUUUCCGCUCCUGCCCUGGUCCAGCCCGAUAUACCACUGUUUAACUCACUAACGCUUUCCCUGCAAGGUAGACCUUUAAUGAUUUUCCUCAUAAAGCAUAACAUCUCCCUUCACUGGCUCUUAAACGAUCACCCUGUCGUAAACAGUACUGUUGUUUAACCAUCGUUGCUCUGACUACACCUGUAAUGUGUACACCUGGGCAAUUUGACAAUGGAUUCAAAGGUUUGAAAUAUGCGAGGAGAGCAUGGUAUGGAUUCCCUGCCAAUUAACACUCAGCUUUACAUACCCAUUACACUCCCCAUGCUUUUUCAAACGUUUGAGGGUUUCUGAAUACACUUUCUGAACUGGGCUGCUGCAGCGCCGUUACAAUACCUCUAAUUCUGUUACUACAACUGCAGAUUCGAUAUUAAGCAAUA